GCAGCGCGAGCUGCUGCAUCAACUGUCUCGAGAGUUGUGAAGUGAGACAUCUACCAAGAGUUAGCAGAACAUGUGUUGAAGUAGUCAGUAGUAUGCGAAGUUUACAUUAGUUCUAACUGGAUUUGACAACAUUGGUCGUUGACAAGACAGUGAGCGGGAAUCCUGAUUCACCUGAAAAACCCUGGAGCAUAACAUUAACUUUUUACAAGGUGAUUGCCUACAUUAAUGGCCUGCAAGAGGGUAACUAUGCCACAGAUACAUAUCAGGUCCAAUCGGGGCUAGCGCACACAGGGACACACAUGGCCUUGUAAGCUGUGACUGUGAACCGUACUAUCAAGGAAAUUCCUCGGCCCUCCAGGGUCACCUCCGUGGGUUCUCUAUCUGGCGGUUUGUACAGCUGCACAAGCUUCUGUUUCUGCAACACGCACACAAAUCGUACACAGAGCACACUCUGUAUGGACAUGUUGUCUUAGUCUCUCAAGAGUUCACUGGAAGCUGAAGUAAUUAUUUGCCCCCAGUACAUGUCUAUGACCAUGUUGGCACAUUGGCAUUGAAAAGGAAGCUUGGGACUGUUGUGUAGCAUGACCUGAAGCGGAUGUCCCUUCAUCAUCUAAAGCUGCAGCAAAACAAAGCUUAAAGCAGGACGCUCCAGGGAGACGCCAUGGCUACUGAAGAAAAUCCGACACAGGUCGGGGCUGUAGUCCUGGCGCCGCGUGCUUCACCUCCAUCCACUGGGAGCAGACCCAGCAGAGCAGCCAGACACGCAAAUGACAGCCAAGAAGUAUGGCGAUACUCUGAACAAUUGUGGCAAUCGAAACAGCGGAGCAGCCCUUCCCUCCUCUUCUAUAGGAAGUUGUCGUGUGACAGUGGGAAAGGGACAAUUUUGGACGAGGAAUACAAGUGUUUGGAUUACAGCUCAAAACCCUCGAGUACCGAAGAGAGACUUUAUCCAGAGCUGUCAGCUGGCAGGAGAAUUGAAGGAAUAACUAACACCGUUCCUCUGAUACCUGGGAAAAGUUCAGAGGGAUCUCUGUGCCAGCUGGACACCCCUGGAGAGGGUGUGGAUGCAGGCAGAUACAGAACUGGCAGCACCAGCUGCUCCUGCACCCUUCCGAGCCUUUACAUGGGUCCAAAAAUCUAUUGUUGCCACAGCCCCAGAUCCAGUCCAAGCCCCAGCUCUAGCCCUGUUCACAGUCCUCACCUCUGCCCCAGCCCCUCUCAGCACAACCAUCAACACAUCCGUCGCAGCAGCCUGCCUGUGUCUAUGCUGGCCUUCCACAAGACAUUACCCUGCCUGUCAUCUCGGUGCAGUCCAUCCAGUGAACCGAGCUCUUUGGUGUCAUCUCCCUGUGGUUCCCCCACUGCCAACCACCGCCAGCAUCGCCGGAAUGGACACAUUCACCGGCAUCAUCUCAAAGAUGGCUACUCGAGUUUAGAGAGGCUCAACAGAAGGCCCAGGGUUAACAAAUGCUCCCUGGAGGAAUUAUUUCUAAGACGAGCAUCUCUAGAAACCAUGAGGACAACCACGAGGACAACCCUAAGGAAGGAUGAGAGGUCAUCCUCAGGAGUGACCAGGAGCUGCGGCGGCGGUAGCGGCGGCAGCAGCAGUGAUGAGGGGGAUGGAGAGGGUCUCUUGGAUAACACAGAGUUUAUUAGAAACCGUAAAGAGCGUUCUACUGUCCUGGUGAGGCGCUUCUUCAAGAAUAAUCAGAAGAUGACCAAAUCAGUGUGUACUGGAACCAGAGCGAUUGUCAAGACGCUGCCAUCAGGACGCAUCUCAGAGGAGGUCUGGGACGUGGUUGUUAAUCGCAGGAUAUGGCCACCCAGCAAGAAGGAUAUGUGGCCAAUCGCAAUGCGUGGUAUUCGAGAAGAAUUCAGAGUCUGCAGGGAGAUGCUACAUUUUGUUGCAGUUAAGCUACAGCAGGUUAACAACUAUGUGCAGGACAGAGAGGAACGCAACCUGAUUUAUCCCGCCAAAAAGCUCCUGCUGUCUUACCCUGGAUGUGUGUGUCUCAGGGAGUCUCGUUGGCUAUCGCACACCAACAGCGCCAGCCCAGCCAGACCAGACCUGAUCCUCUGCCGUUGUCCUCCUUUUCAUCCACCUAGGUUUUUUGCUUGUGGCCAGAGGACGUCGGUGUGUUCCCUGCUGACUGGAGCCCUACUAGAGGCCACAGCAGCUCUCGGUGCCCGCUCCGCUCUGCCCUACCCUUUGCCCCAGGGCCCCAACAGCCACGCAGUGCUGAAAGAGCGUCAGCUGGUCAACAGUAUGACCAGCAGCGGCUCUCUUCCUCCCAGUGUCAGUGGGAUCAGUAAGGAGCUGGUGGACGUGCGCCACCUUGUUCAGUUCCCCGAGGAGAUCGCCUGCAUCCUAACUGAGCAAGAGCAGCAGCUUUACCAACGGGUCUUUCCCCUGGACUACCUCUGUUUCCUCACUCGAGACCUGGGCAGUCCCGAGUGUCAAACCAAACGGCACCCAAACCUCAAGGCUUCACUUUCGGUGCCCGCCAUGCCUACCCAGAGUGCUCAGCGAAGUAACGCUGUGGAGGACCUGGUGGCACGCUUCAAUGAGGUGAGUUCGUGGGUGACGUGGCUUAUCCUGACAGCAGGGUCCAUGGAGGAGAAGAGAGAGGUUUUCUCCUAUCUUGUCCACGUCGCUAAAUGCUGUUGGAACAUGGGAAACUACAAUGGUGUCAUGGAGUUCCUGGCUGGACUCAGGUCCCGCAAGGUGCUAAAGAUGUGGCAGUUUAUGGACCAGUCAGACAUCGAGACCAUGAGAAGCCUAAAGGACGCCAUGGCUCAGCACGAAUCUUCUUCUGAGUACAAGAAGGUUGUGACAAGAGCUCUCAAUAUCCCAGGAUGCAAGGUGGUGCCAUUCUGUGGGGUUUUUCUGAAGGAGCUGAGUGACGCCUUGGAUGGGACAGCAAGCAUCAUCAGCCUCAAACCACCUCUAGAUAAUACAGAGGACUCAAUAGAGUUUGCGUCUGACUACAGCGGCCAGCACAACUUCAUGUCGCGGUCUGGUCCAGAUGGACUACACGUCCCAGAGAAAGAAGCCACUGUCAGCAACAUCCUCCAGAUUAUCAGAUCUUGUAAUCGUAGUUUGGAGGCAGAGGAUCCUGAUGAGGCGUCCACUAGUCCCUCUUCUACUGGUCCAUCCCCUGUGUCCAGAAACAACUCUUUCAGGGACCGCUGCCGCAAUCAUUCCCAUUCGUUUAGGACACCGCCAGAAUCAAACCAUGUCUUAUUCACGGUGGGGGACUUGUCGGAUGUAGAGGGCGACUUGUCGUCUGAGCCAGUGGUGAAAGAGGUUGAGUUUCAGGGGACGGAGGAGACGCACAGAGCUUUCAGCCAUGGCACUGAGCUCAUUCCCUGGUACGUGUUGUCGUUACAACCAGACAUUCACCAGUUUCUGCUGCAAGGGGCUACAGUCAUCCACUACGACCAGGACAGCCACCUCACAGCUCGCUGUCUGCUGCGACUACAACCUGACAACACAACACUCACCUGGGGUAAGCCUCAGAGCGGAGGGGCUGCCUCUACAGAGCAGCCACUGGGAUUAGGACAGACUGUAUUGGCAGGACUAGCAGAGGGCCUGUUGGACCUCGGAGUGGUGAAGGCAGUGUUCCUGGGUCAUCAGGGAGUGGACGUUCAUGCUGUAUGUUUGCAGAACAAGCUGAGCCAAAUGACGGUGGAGGAAAAUGGUCUCAGCCUCCUCUAUGGUCUCAGUACCACCGACAACAGACUCCUGCACUUUGUGGCCCCCAACCACACGGCACAGAUGCUCCAUAAAGGCCUGUCAGAGUUGGUGAAUGCAACCAGAAAAUUAAAGAAGUUUCCUGACCAAAGGUUGCAGUGGCUGAGAAAGCAGUAUGUCAGUUUGUAUCAGGAGGAUGGCAGGUACGAAGGCCCUACACUUGCUCAUGCCAUUGAGCUGUUUGGUGGGCGGAGGUGGAACAUGGGUACAGGCGGAGUCGAGAAAUCUGCUGCCCAGAAAAACAGUCCUCUGAGCAUCAAUGAUAAGACCAAGAAGAAGAAGAAGGUCCUCGUCAGGGGAGACAGUGGGGAUGCAACAGAUGACGAGAUGGUUUCCAGGAAAACAAGGAGCUGUAAGGAGGGACUGUAUCGAAACGGGCCGGAGUCUGACAGCAUCGACCAAGAAGAUCCAGAGGACAGCUUCCCUGGACCAUUUUCCCUCUCAUCCAGUAAAAGUCCUGGAUUGCUAGCCUCUUCCUCCUCCUCCACCUCCUCCUCCUCCUCCUCUUCCAGCAUGGCGGGGUCGAACCAUUCCCGCCCGCAAUCCUCUCCGAUCCUCUCAGGAACUGCCAAGUCACAGCCAGGGGCAUGGAGCAGCAGGUCGUGGCACGGUCGAGGUAAAGGCUGUUUCAAAGGCUUCCAGAAUCUCAUGAUUUCUGACAGCUCGAUGAGCUUCAUCGAGUUUGUCGAGCUCUUCAAGUCAUUCAGUAUCCGAAGCAGGAAGGACCUGAAGGAGUUGUUUGACACCUUUGCUGUCCCCUGCAGUCGUUCAAGUCCAGAGUCUGCUCCUCUCUACACCAACCUCAGCAUAGACGAUAAAGACACGGGGCUACAGCCAGACCUCGACUUAUUAACCCGCAACGGUUCUGAUCUUGGCCUGUUUAUCCGGACGAGGCAGCAGAUGUCUGACAACCAGAGGCAGAUCUCAGAUGCCAUUGCAGCAGCCAGCAUCGUGACAAACGGGACAGGAGUGGAAAACGCAUCACUAGGCGUUUUGGGAUUGGCUAUUCCUCAGCUCAACGACUUCCUAGUGAACUGUCAAAGAGAGCACCUGAGCUACGAUGAGAUUCUCAGCAUUAUACAGAAAUUUGAGCCCUCAUCAAGCAUGAGACAAAUGGGUUGGAUGUCAUUUGAAGGCUUUGCAAGGUUUCUGAUGGAUAAGGAGAACUUUGCUUCUCGUAAUGAGGAAUCCCAGAUAAACCCGGAGGAGCUGCAGUACCCUCUCUCCUACUACUACAUUGAGUCUUCUCACAACACCUAUCUGACUGGACACCAGCUCAAAGGAGAGUCCUCUGUUGAGCUCUACAGUCAAGUGCUGCUGCAAGGCUGUAGGAGCGUCGAGUUGGACUGCUGGGAUGGAGAUGAUGGCAUGCCAGUUAUUUAUCAUGGACACACGCUUACCACUAAAAUACCCUUCAAGGAUGUGGUGGAAGCAGUUAACCGGUCUGCAUUUGUCAAUUCGGACAUGCCCGUCAUCCUGUCCAUAGAGAACCACUGCUCCCUUCCACAGCAGCGCAAGAUGGCUGAAAUCUUCAAGACAGUGUUCGGGGAACGGCUUGUGACUCGCUUCCUCUUUGAAAGUGACUUCAGCGAUGACCCUCACCUGCCGUCGCCACUGCAGCUGCGGGGGAGGAUCCUCCUCAAGAACAAGAAGCUCAAAGCACACCAGGCGCCGGUGGACAUACUCAAACAGAAGGCUCACCAGCUGGCCCACAUGCAGGCCCAGGCUAGCAAUGGGUCACCAGCGGUUACUUCGCCUGGAAACCACACCAAUGAGGAAGAGGAAGAGGAAGAAGACGAGUAUGACUACGACUAUGAGUCUCUAUCAGAUGCUGAUGUCCUCACAGCCUCUACUGCCUCAUAUGGCCUUGAAGAUAACAUCCUGGAUGACAAGCCAGAGGGGAAGAGCUCAGCAGACAAAGAAGAGCAACCUGUUGAUGAAAUACCGAAGAGGAUGAAGAAGUCUGAUAGCACCACGCAGAGCAAAGGAAAGGUGUUCGACAUGGAGCUGGGCGAGGAGUUUUACCUUCCUCAGAACAAGAAGGAGAGUCGACAGAUUGCCCAGGAGCUGUCUGAUCUCAUCAUCUACUGCCAGGCUGUGAAAUUUCCUGGCCUGUCCACGCUGUCUCCAGCCGGCUCUGGCAGAGGGAAGGACCGGGGGAAAUCCAGGAAGUCCAUAUUUGGCACAGCUCCCGCUCGCUGCAGCACAACAGGAGAGGUCGUGACCCAGAGCCGCACCCCUGGGAAAGGUGGUACAGAGCGGCUAAGCUGGGAGGAGCAGCAGACGUCUCCCAUCCUCAACCCCCCCACCUCUCUCAGCGCCAUCAUCCGCACACCGAAGUGCUACCACAUCUCUUCCGUCAACGAGAACGCCGCCAAGCGCCUGUGCCGGCGUUACUCUCAGAAGCUGAUCCAGCACACCGUGUGCCAGCUGCUCAGGACGUACCCAGCAGCCACCAGGAUCGACUCGACAAACCCCAACCCUCUGCUUUUCUGGCUGCACGGUAUCCAGCUGGUGGCACUCAACUAUCAGACUGAUGACUUGCCCAUGCAGUUAAACACAGCUCUGUUUGAGGCCAAUGGCGGCUGUGGCUACGUCCUGAAGCCGGCGGUGCUGUGGGACCGUACCUGUCCGCUAUAUAAGCAGUUCUGUCCGAUGGAGAGGGAUGUGGAGAAAAUGAGCCCCGCUGUCUAUUCCCUCACUAUUGUGUCCGGUCAGAACGUUUGUCCCGGUAACACCGCUGGCAGCCCCUGCAUUGAGGUGGAUGUUCUGGGCAUGUCCAUCGACAGCUGCCACUUCCGCACCAAACCAAUCCACCGCAACACCCUCAACCCCAUGUGGAGUGAGCACUUCCAGUUCACCGUGCACUUUGAAGAGAUGUGCUUCCUGCGCUUCGCCGUAGUGGAGAACAACAGUUCCCAGACUACCGCUCAGAGGACACUGCCUCUGAAGGCGUUAAAGCCAGGUUACAGACAUGUCCAGUUGAGGACACAACAUAAUGAAUCUCUCGAAGUGUCAAGCCUGUUUAUCUUCAGCCGCAGAAUAGAGGACGGUCCCACAGGGGGCGCCACUCCCUCAUCACUGCUGUUCAGUUCAGAGGAGAAACGUGCCUCACGGCAGCACAGGGUUACGGUGUACGCAGCGCCUGGUCCUGAGCUCUUCACUGUGUUCUGUGUUACAGAACAGACGACCGCCAAACAGCUGCUGGACAUGGUUGCAGCAUCUACAGGAAACCCGUCACAGUACUUCCUGUGCGAGGAGAAGGUUCCUCUGUUGAAGGAGCGCAGCGAGGUGAAGCGCUGUGCUCAGCAUCGUCCUCUUGCGCCCGAGGAGGAGGUGAUCAGACUGGUCUCCAGCUGGAACUCUGAGGAGGGAUACGUGGGGAGGAUCUGCCUCAAAACAAGAGAGGAGAACUUAAAUGAGAAGAACUCGUUGCUGGAGGGAGAAGAUGAGGUGACUGUGGGAGGUAGAGAAGGAGCAGGAGGAGGAGCAGAGGACGAUAUGUUCUUCGUCCAGGUCCAUGAAGUUUCACCAGAACAGCCUCACACUGUGAUCAAGGCCCCGCGCUACAGCACUGCUCAGGACAUCAUACAGCAGACAUUGUCAAAGGCCAAGUAUUCCUGCAGUAUCCUAUCUAAUCCUAAUCCAUGUGACUACGUCCUAAUGGAGGAAGUGACCAAGGACGCCAGCUCUAAGAAAUCCUCCACCGCUAAGCCCCUGCAGCGGCUACUGCUGGAUCACGAGUGUGUCUACCAAGCUCAGAGCCGCUGGCGUGGCGCGGGAAAGUUCAUUCUUAAACUCAAAGAGCAGGUGGUGCGGGAAGACAAAAAGAAAGUAAUUUCCUUUGCCAGCGAGCUUAAGAAGCUGACCAGCCGCAGCCGCAGCAUGACGACUGGCGGUGGAGUGGACGGUCCUGCCCAAAGUAAGGAUGAUAGAGCUGCAUGCUGUGUGGCUCUGACAGAGCUCCAGGAGUGAGGCUCACACUCUGCCUGCUGUCUGUGCAUGGAAAGGCAACAGAGGGUAUCUGUCUGCAGGUCUGAAGGCAUGGGUGGCAGAGGGCAGAGUGGGGGCAGGAAGGUUUCUUCAGGCCUCCUCCUCCUCCUUUAGGGGGCAACUUGAACCUGUCCACCUGCCCACCUCCCCUCUGACCCCUCCAGCCUGGACGCUUCACCUCCUCAGGAACUGGAAGAUCCACAAAUGAA